AUGGCCUUUCUCUUUGGAGGACGAGGACGACAGAAGCAGCCAGCCGAGAUCGCCAGGUCACUGAAGGAUCUCCUGAUUAAAUUGGCGGAGCCGAAUCCGAAUUCAAAGGUGGAGGAAGAUGUCGCGAAGCACAUGUCACAGAUGAAAUUGAUUGUACAAGGAACGCCCGAAGCCGACUGCAGUCCUGAGCAAGUGCAUCAGCUUGUGCACUGCAUCAUCCAAGAGGACAUCCUGUUCGAGCUCGCCAAGUCGGUCCGCCUCCUCCCCUUCGAAGCGCGCAAAGACGCCCAGAUCAUUUUUUCCCACAUCCUCCGCUUCAAGUCUCCAAACAGUUCCUCGAGUUCGCAGUCGGGCUCGUCCGAUCCUUCGGCAAUAUCCUACCUCGUCCUGCAACGGCCCGAAAUCAUCGUCGAGUUAUGUCGCGGAUACGAGUAUCCGCAGAGCGCCAUGCCUUGCGGGACAAUCCUCCGACAAGCACUACAGUACGACACCAUUGCCGCGGUAAUAUUAUACGACGAAUCCGGGCCGGGGGAGAAGGCGGUGCAGCUGAAGGAUGUCGACGUCAGCCGCAGACAGAGCGGCAAGGGCGUGUUCUGGAACUUUUUCAGCUGGAUCAAUAAAGGCAGCUUCGAAGUCAGCGCGGAUGCAUUUACGACUUUUAGGGAAAUCUUGACCAAGCACAAACAACUGGUCUCGCAAUACUUGGCAACGAAUUACGACCUCUUCUUCAAAUCACAUUACAAUCCAACCCUUCUACUGUCUUCGUCUUACGUUACGAAGCGGCAGUCCAUCAAGCUCCUCGGUGAACUCCUCCUGGACCGCGCGAACUACGUGAUCAUGACCCAAUAUGUUGCAAGCGGGGAAAACCUCAAAUUGACGAUGAAUCUCCUGAAGGACGACCGGAGAAUGGUCCAGUACGAAGCCUUCCACGUCUUCAAGGUGUUUGUGGCCAACCCGAACAAAAGCGAUGAAGUCAAGAGAAUCUUGAUUAAGAACCGCGGCCGGCUACUCAGGUUCCUGCCCGGCUUUCUGGAAGGCCGCGCCGACGACGACCAAUUCCUCGACGAGAAGAGCUUUUUGCUCCGGCAGAUUGAGAAUCUGCCCGAGGAAGGGGCGUAA